UAGAGUUCCAUGCGGUCAGGCAAGUUGUCGAGGUCGGCUACCUAUGCGUGGAAGUCACCACGACGCCAAACGAGCUUCAGGCUUCAGUGUUGAAAGUGGAAGCAUCAAAGCUGCAAAGCAUGUGGUCCUCGUCAGAGUCGAACCUUCGAUUGGAAACAAAGGUUCAGCCAAGAUGCUCCUCUGUGGGGUAUAUAUACUCGUACCAGUCUCUAGAAUCAGUCUCGAGUACUUGGACCUCGAAUUCUCCAAAAGUUGUCAAAGAUAGCGACGGGCCAACAUUACUACUAUCUCGUUCAUUCGCAAUGACUCAAAAUAACCUAGUAAGUGACAGUGUUCAUGCCUCUUAUCAUCUCGUCUGUGAGAUGUUUAGUGCCGAAUGCCUCUUACGCCACCCACCUCUACAGCCGGUUCAGAUGACCAAGGAAGGCGCAGUGUGCAUCGACUAUCCUACACUCGUAUCAACACCAGAACUCCUUCAAGACUCUAUCAAAAAGGCAUUUGGGUCUGAGCCGGACUGUCUUGGCAUUAUCGUCGUGAACAAGUUGCCGCCCGAGUACCCAAAGUACAGAGAGAGGUUAUUGAGACUUGCCGAGAGGUUUGCAGCUAUGAAGGAGGAGAGGAGAGAAAAGUAUGCAGAUCCCAAGAGCAGAUACAGCUUUGGAUGGAGUCAUGGAAAGGAAAUCAUGAAUGGAAAGCCGGAUACUCUAAAGGGUAGCUAUUAUGCAAAUCCCACCGUGGACUAUCCUACUGUAUCAGAGGAGGAGAGGCAGGCUCACCCAGAAUAUUACGGGCGUAAUAUCUGGCCUGAGGCAAAUGAACAAGGUGUCGAGGGCUUUGAAGAAGCAUUCAAGGACCUCGGGAGAAUAGGAGCUAAUGGUCCGAAAAUAACAGCAUCUGCACAUCUUACUGACAACUCGGUGUCCCUUUCCGAGUUGAUCAAGACCUCUCAGACCACCAAAGCGCGCCUACUGCAUUACUUCCCACCUUCUGCCGAGAAUCCGCUUCCCUCAGAUGACGAACCAGUCGACAGUUGUCUCACUGGCCUUUGCUCGGCCAUAUAUCUCUCACAUGAAGCAGACGGCUCUGUGCAACUCGUCUCUUCUCCAUCCCCGGCAUCAGGUCUCUACAUUCGCACACGCGGCGGGGAUCUAACCAAAGUCUCCAUUCCCGUCGACUCGCUCGCUUUCCAAACAGGAGAGGCACUCGAAUUAGCAACCGCUGGUGAAGGGGCUGAAAAGGUCUCGAGGGAGACGUUUGCAUUGUUUAUGCAGCCGGACACGACGCGGGUGAUCGCUGAAGGGGAAACAUUCGGGUCGUUCUCAAAGAAAGUAUUCGAUGAACAUUAUGAACCCAUCUUGCAAAAGGAAUGUCCACAGAGCGUCAGAGUCCUUGAAAUUGUGAUGCACGAUACUAAUGAGCCACCUUUCCUCUCGAAUACUCUCUAUCAACUUGCGUUGAGCGGAAUCCGGUGGGCGAGCGUUAGACUGUUUACCACUCUAAUUAUAGAACUAUUAGCGCUCACCUUCCAUGCCAAAAAGGAAUCACGCUCAAUGAUAGUGGGCGAGUUGAUCUCCUUUCCAGGGAAGACACCCCAUUCAAUUCGAAGGGAUGGUGGACGGUUGGCUCUCAACCUGCUGUCGACGCCCUACCCUCAGAUGACGAGAUCUUUGGCUGGGGACCACGGGGAGGAUAUGUCUUCCAGAAGGCGUUUGUUGAAUUCUUCU